GAACCCGUAGGCAAGGCGGAGACGACCCUGUACGCCCGCCGAAAGUGCAACGGCGUCAGCCCGUCCUCGCCAGCCGCCUUGUCAGCGUCAUCGCAGCACAUCGUCGUCGUCGAAGACGAGCUCGUUGACCGCAACUGUGACAAAUGCCGCGAGUGCUGCGCAAACUACCGCACGUGGCUCAAAGUACAGAACGUCAUGCACGUGAUUGUUCAUGACGCCAUCUUCGACCUGUUCAUCAUGCUGUGCAUCAUCCUGAACACCAUCUUCCUCGCCAUUGAACACCACGGCAUGUCGGUGGAGCUGAACAAAGUGCUGGAGGUCGGCAACAGGGUGUUCACCGCGGUGUUCACGCUGGAGUGCAUCAUGAAGAUCAUGGCGCUGAGCAAGGAGUUCUUCGUGAACAGGUGGAACGUGUUCGACUUGGUGAUCGUUCUGGCCUCGCUGCUCGACCUCGGCCUCGAGAUCGGCUCCGGCCUCUCCGUCCUCAGGGGCAUGAGACUGCUGAGGGUGCUGAAACUGGCGCAGUCGUGGCGGACGAUGCGCGUGCUGCUGAGCAUCAUCGUGUCCACGCUGGGCGCCCUUGGGAACCUCACCUUCGUCCUCAUCAUCAUCAUCUACAUCUUCGCCGUCAUCGGGAUGCAGCUCUUCGGCAAGAACUACAACACUGAUAACUUUCCUGACGAAGUGCCGAGGUGGAACUUCAAGGACUUCUUCCACUCGUUCAUGAUGAUCUUCCGCAUCCUGUGUGGAGAGUGGGUGGAGCCGCUGUGGGACUGCAUGCGCGCCGAGAAGAGAGAGGGCUCGGAGACGUGCCUCGCCAUCUUCCUGCCGGCGCUGGUGAUGGGCAACUUCAUGGUCCUGAAUCUCUUCCUCGCUCUCCUGCUCAACUCGUUCAACUCGGAGGAGCUCAAGUCCCGCCAGGACGACAUGGAGGAUGAGUCCCGCGUCCUGCAGCUGUUCAUCCGGAUUCGGGUGAUUGUGGAGAGUCUUUUUCGGCGCAACAAGAAGGACCCAUCCGACAAGGAAGGGGCUGACGAAGGCGACGAAGACGGAAGGGGAGGAUUCGAAGACGACGACGAGGAGAAGAAGAAGAUCAGGCUGGACGAGGACGAGGAGGGCAAGCACCCGCUGACCCAGGGCGAUGACGCAAUCCCGGACAGGGGCGUGGUCAAGCAGGCCAUCAGCGAGCCCGAGAUCAGGACGCGGUGUGACGAGGAGCUGACCUCGAACGACCCUCACCUCAUGGGCUACAAGAGAAUGACGGUUGCAGGUGAGGAGGACCGGACUGAGAUCAUCGAACUCCUCGACUUCCGCUCAGACCAGCCGCAGUUCGCGCGCUGCGGCGGCCGCGCGGCCCAGCGCCGCAACCACGAAAACGACCUCCGCGACUUCUCCUCGCGAGACGCCUCCCAGGAACGCCGAUACGACGACCACCGCUCGGAAGACCGCCGCCAGGAGGAACGCAGGUCCGAGGAACGGCGCCCCGAGGACCGCAGGGGCGAGGAUCGGCGGUCCGAAGAGCGGCGGGCCGACGAGCGCCGCCUCGAAGAUCGCCGAGCCGAGGAUCGGAGAGGGGAUGAGCGUCGCCUGGAUGAGCGGCGGUCCUUGGAGCGUCGCGGCGAUGACCGACGGCCCGACGAUCGCCGGCUCGAAGAUCGACGAACCGAUGACCGCCGCCAUGACGAUCGGCGAACGGACGAUCGGCGAACGGACGAUCGGCGAACGGACGAUCGGCGAACGGACGAUCGCCGGCAUGAAGAGCGCCGAACUGACGAACGUCGCCUUGAGGAUCGGCGGACCGACGAUCGACGGUCUGAGGAACGUCGCGUGGAUGAGCGCCGCCUCGAGAACCGGCAUUCCGAAGAGCGGCGCUCCGAGGAACGGCGUCCCGAUGCGCUCCGGCUCGACGACCGACGGCCCGACGAGCGCCGCUUCGAGAACAGGCGCUUCGACGACCGGCGUUUCGACGACCGCCGCGCCGACGACCGCCGCGCCGACGACCGCCGCCCGGACGAGCACCGCUUCGACGACCGCCGCUUCCCCGAGCAGCACUUCGACAACCGGCGGACGGAGCAGCGGCGCUCCGAGGAGUACUCGAGCGACUUCCGGCCGCCGUACCGCCAGAGGGAGUACCUGCAGCGGUACCGGUCGGCGCGCGACUACCGCCAGGAGUACCGGCACUCGGGCGACUUCCAGAUGCGGGACUUCUCCUCGGACAGGCUCUCGGAGGAGUUCCUGCAGGACUUCCGCCAUGCCGAGGAGUACCGGCCCCGGGAGUACCCCCUCGAGUCCCACUCCAUCGAGUACAGACCUCGCACGUACACGGACGACUACCACCGCUCGGUGGACUACACCUCCUCCAUGCAGGACUAUCCGCUCGAGCGCCGGAUACGAGACUACCUGCGCGAGUUCGGUUCGGGGGACUUCCGCCUGAGGGACUACCAGAACGACUUCCGGUCGCGCGACUACUCCUCGGAGUACACCCGCCUCUACCGGACGGGGGACUACCCGUCGCGGGACUUCCACUCGGACUACACCGCCACCGACUACCACAGCAGGGACUACCCCCUGGAGCGGCGCCUGCGGCUGUUCUCGCCGCACGGCCGCUCGUCGCUCGAGCUGCUGCACGACCGCCGCUCCGAGUACCACCAGCUGCGCUCCGACUUCCGCCCCGACGACUACUCGCGCGUGUACCCGCACAUGUACCGCUCCCGCCGCUACCGCCCCGACGACUACCCCGGCCGGGAGUCGCCGCACGACUUCCGCUCCAGGGAAUUCACGGACGAGUACCGCCCGAGGCUGUCCCCGGUGGACUUCGGCAGGCGGGACUACUCGCCGGACUACCUGCCCAGAGACUAUUCCAGGGACCUGUGCACGUCACACGGCUACUCCAACGAGUUCCGAACCAGAGAAUACUCGGAUGAUUACCCUUAUAGAGAAUACCCUCGAGAUUACCACCCUAGAGUGUACCCCCGUGAGUCCCCCCCAAGGGACUACCCCCACGACUCCCCACCCAGAGACUACCACCGCGACUCCCCCCUUUCAGAAUACCCCCAUGAAUCCCCAGGGAGGGACUACCCCCGGGACUACUCCAACGGAUUCCCCCACGAGCACGACUACCGCCAGCUGCCCUUCCCGGAGACUAACCUGUCCGAGGCUACCAAUUAUAACGAGGACAGCGUGUCUGAGGUCAACCUGUCCGACGGAAACAUUCCCAAGAUGAAACUCGAUGAGAUCAGCUUCCAAGACAUGCAUCGGUCGAGCUCAAAGGAUAUUGACGCUUUACAUGACGAGGUCUUCGAUGACCCUCAGAGCAAAGACACAGAGCAGGAAGAGCCACUGGGUAAUGGCGGCCCGAAAGCCAAGCAUUGGCAGGCGGUGAAAAAGGACAUGCCCAUGUUAAACAAGACACAGAGUUGGAGUGCUGUGGCCAGCUAUGUGGGCACCAUCACUACAGGCGAGAAAGACGAUGACGACCCCCGGUUCAGAAAGGCCGAGAUCGUGUGCAAGGAGCCUCCCGACUGCUUCCCUAAAAAAAUCUUCAACAAGUGUCGCUGCUGCUUUCUCUGCACGCAAACCAAUUUCUACAGAAAGUGGUACAAAAUACGCCAGGCCUGUCUCCAUGUCGUGGACAGCCCAUACUUUGAGUGGUUCAUCCUCAUCAUGAUUUUCGCCUCUUCUGUCACUCUCUGUUUUGAGGAUGUCCACUUAGAUUCAAAAAAAGAGCUUAAGGAGAGACGGGAGGUACUCUCCUACCUGAACCUCGCCUUCGCCAUUCUCUUCACCCUGGAGAUGAUGAUCAAGUGGGUUGCCUUUGGUUUCGUCAAGUACUUCACCUCCGUCUGGACGCUCCUAGACUGUUUCAUUGUCAUGGUGUCACUCUGCAGUCUCUUUGUGGAGCAAGAUAACCUCAUUGCCCUUAGGAGUCUUCGGACACUACGAGCACUGAGGCCCCUUCGGGCUAUUUCACGUUGGGAGGGGAUGAAGAUUGUGGUGAAUGCACUCAUGUAUGCCAUCCCGUCCAUCUUCAAUGUGUUGCUUGUGUGCCUCGUCUUCUGGCUUAUUUUCUCCAUCAUGGGCGUGCAGAUGUUUGGGGGGAAAUUUUACAAGUGUAUUGAUCCCGUUGAUAGAAAAAUCCUCCCAGUUAAGAUUGUAAACAAUCGAAGUGAUUGUGAAAGACUAAACUACAACUGGACCAAUAGCAAAAUAAAUUUUGAUCAUGUGGGUUAUGCCUAUUUAGCCCUGUUUCAAGUGGCAACCUUUGAGGGCUGGAUGGAGGUGAUGGCAGAUGCAGUUGAUUGCCGUGGGAUUGACAUGCAGCCAGAGAGAGAAGCCAACAUUUAUGCCUACAUUUACUUUGUUAUCUUCAUUGUGUGUGGUUCCUUCUUCACACUCAACCUCUUCAUUGGUGUGAUCAUCGACAAUUUCAACGCACUGAAGAAGAAGAUGUAUGAGGGCGGAGUGUUGGAGAUGUUCUUAACGGACUCACAGAAGAAUUACUACACGGCAAUGAAGAAACUUGGCCGCAAAAAGCCGCAGAAAGUCAUCAGAAGGCCAAAGCAUCCAUACCAUGCCAUCUUCUAUGAUAUUGCUGUGUCAAGAAGAUUUGAGAUCUCCAUUUUUGUGCUGAUCUUCCUAAACAUGGUGACAAUGGCCAUUGAGCACUACAACCAGUCUCGGACAGUCGACUUCAUACUUGAUGUCUUCAAUGCACUCUUUACCACAAUCUUUGGAUUAGAAGCCAUAGUCAAGAUCAUUGGCCUGCGCCAUCACUACUUCACGGUACCUUGGAACCUGUUUGACUUUAUCCUGGUGUUUGCAUCCAUCAUGGGCAUACUCCUCCAUGAUGUCCUCACUGACUUCCCCAUCAGCCCAACACUUCUCAGGGUAGUCCGCGUCUUCAGGAUCGGACGCAUUCUACGUCUUAUCAAGCCGACGGUGAACGGCCGAAACUCCUUCUUCGGUCAGGCUGCAAAGGGGAUUAGGAAGUUGCUGUUUGCCCUAAUAGUGUCACUGCCGGCACUGUUCAAUAUCGGUGCAUUGCUGUUUCUCAUCACCUUCAUCUACGCAAUCAUCGGAAUGGCGGUGUUUGGUCACGUGCAGCGGAAGGGUGCUUUAGAUGAUCUGGUCAACUUUGAGACUUUUGGCAGCAGUAUGAUGCUUCUCUUCAGACUGAUCACUUCUGCUGGCUGGAAUGACGUCCUGGACCCUCUCAUGGCUCGACCUCCGGACUGCGACGUCACUUACAUGAACCAGCCCAAUGGCAACUGUGGCCACCCUGUGAUCGCCAUUGUCUUCUUUGUGUCGUUCAUCAUCAUCAACUUUAUGAUUGUGAUUAACAUGUACAUUGCUGUUAUUUUGGAGAACUUUAACCAAGCACAUAAGGAGGAGGAGAUUGGCAUUGUGGAAGAUGACUUGGAGAUGUUUUAUGUUAGAUGGUCCAAGUAUGACCCACAUGCUACACAGUUCAUCAAUUUCUCACAACUCUCCGACUUCAUCUCCAGCCUUGAUGCUCCCUUUGGCAUCCCUAAGCCAAACACUGUUGCCCUUGUGUCCUUUGACCUGCCUAUAGCCAAAGGGGACAAAAUCCACUGCCUGGACAUCUUGCACGCCCUCACCAAGCAUGUGCUGGGACAUGUCGAGGAGACUGAGGAGUUCAAGAGAUUCCCCCCUCAGCUCAAGAUGCAGAUGGAAGAGAAGUUCAAGAAGCAGUUCCCAACUCGCAAGGAGCUUGAGAUUGUAUCCUCCACGCGUCGCUGGAAGAAGAUGGACUCAGCUGCCAAGACCAUCCAGAUGGCCUGGCGGGCCUUCCUCAAGCAUCGGCGAGAGUUGGAAAAGAAGAAUUUACUCCUAGAGGAGGCACAAACACAAACCUCCUCUCCGGGAGGGUCGUCUAUACGCUCUGGUUUCAAGAGGGUAUCAACCCUAUUAGCAGCGGUACCAAUGCCCAUGAGUAUGCCUCGCCGAAGGUCUGUCACCGUCCUCCAGGUGGAUGGGGAAAGAUCUAGGCCUAGCUCACGCCGUGCUUCCCGCUCUUCUGUGAACGAUACGUCUCCCCGUGGGUCUCUCUUCUUCUUCCCCAUCUCACGCCGCGCCUCCAGAGCCUCUGCCACUUCCGCCAACUCAGGAGCAUCAUAUCCAUCACUCGUGUCUGUGCAGAUACACCGCGUUGCUGAUCGGGAGUCUCCUCACGCCACCCAAGGGUCCACAGAAGCCCUGAACACAGAGGCCAGCUGACGCAAGCCUUCUUCGGGCCCACCUUGAUGCCCUCCCUCACUGUAACCGGUGCCCACCCUCCCCAGCUGUAAGCUAACAGCUUCUGAAUGAGUGCUGUUGGCUCAUUACUGAUGGUUGAUAGCCUUCAGUUGAAAGCUGAUGGCCAACAGUUGCCUGGGUUCUGCUCGUCUCACCUGAGCGAGUCUGACCCACAUGCUGCCCGGUCACUCCUGCCUGGCUGGCCUUAGCCCAGUCUAUUCCUCAAAGCCCAACUGUGAGGCUUUAUGCGCUACGAGUACCCAAAGGAGAAGAGAAGGAGCACUUUGGUUGCUCUGACUGUUACAACUUAGUAUUUCCAUACGUUCCUGGAGUCUUUGUCAUGUUUAUCAUUGGCACUUGUCCCAAUUAGAUAUGAAUUUUUUUAAGACCAGUUUAAUGGUGUAUAACUGCAAAGAUAACAAGGAUUUUUUAUUGAUAUUAUUGCUAGUUUACAAUGACAUGUGCCAUUGUUGUUGUAUAUAAAAAGUAUUUUCACCUGUGGAUUAUUUCAUUUCCUGUUAUAAAGAACAUCAUAUGCAAUUUGCUUUUUUCUCUUGCAAAUACCAUAGACUCACUAUAAUGUGCAUAUACAACAAUAGGUUUUCAUAUAGGAAACUAAAUAAAGUUCUAUAGAUUUCAUGAUGGUCUUGAAAAAGAGGACAAUGUAAGUCUACAUAUAUAAUAUAAUCUCUCAGUGUAGUUCAAGUUAGAUAUUUUGUUUUUGUUACUGUAAUACAAAAUUCCCCUGUUAUAGCUGCAUCUCUUUUUCAAGGUCUUAAGGUCACAUAAUCAAUAUUUUUAUGGCAUUAUAGCCUAUCGUUAUCCCUGCACAUGAGCAUGGAACCAUCGCGAAACGAUAUGCAAGUAGAGUUAUUUGCCAGUUUGUUAGCUUUGCUGUAGGGUGCCAAAGAUUUUGUUCAAGCAUUAGACUAAAGAGAAAAAAAAAUAAAAUAAAAAAACAAACCUUCUUGAAAGUCAAGUUUCAUGGCCAGUAAGAUCAGACAAGUUUUUUUUUGUUUUUUGUUUUUUUUUUCUGUUUUACCCAACCAGAUAUUAUGACUUGCUUCUACAAAUAAACUCUUAUUGUUUAAAGUGUUUAUUCAAAUAGAAACUCACCCCAUGAAACUUGACAGACAUGCUCUUAUUUAGCCAACAUUUAGGUUCCUGUACUAGACAAAACGUGCCAAAUAACUGCACCAGCUUUUCAAGGAUCACCUCAACCUAGAAAUUAAUCCUAAUGUACUUAAUAUAAAUGUAUUAUAUUGUAUAUAGUUUUACUUUUCAGAGCAUAAUUGGCAAAUUGUAAUCUAUUUGUACAGUGUUAGGUGACUGCCAAGUUAUCAUGUUGAUGUAUCUUUGAUGUUCUUGUUAUACCACACUUUCUGAUUUGUUGUUUGCCCAAGCAAGGUGACAUAAUAGGAUAUUCUUCAAAGAAACAAGGCAGCUUAUGACAUGAAACUUUAUUUGUUGCAGAACUAUUCCUCAGACUUGUUUAAGAAAGAAAAACAGUCUUUGUAUCCAUGGUACGGUUUUUUGCCCACUUACAUGUUUAUUUAUUGUCUUUUUUCACAAAUAGGGAUGUUCUUCUGCAACAGAGGUAAGUUUCUGUAAUAAGUUUCUUUUAAGAUAACUUAUUAUCCUAGAUUUUAAACUCAGCCAUGAUGCACUGCGUGUAAAGCAUUCACCGGGUAUCAGUUAUCACAGACCUUUUUGUGUGCAAUGUCACGUUUGCAAUACCCAGCAGCACCAUGUUCAUCCUAGCACAUUCUACAUUUGUGUCUCUAAUCAAUUCAAAAACUGACAAUGGAUAUUUUUAACAAGUGUAUUUUAUAUCCCAUUGCACAUGAAAUAUAACAUUGUCACUUUACUAGAGUAGCAUUCUUUUUACCUUGUUCUGAGGAGAAGCAUAUAAUUUUGUGAAUUAAUUAAUUAACCCUCAUUAUAAAUAUUACAUCUACCUGCAAGCCAACAGCUGUAGUCCACCCAAUUCUCAAUAUAAGACAGCCAGUGAUGUUAAUACUGAAAUGAAUAAGUUGUUACUUCAUAUACAGUUUAGUUGUAAAGCUCAUAUCAUUUACCAUUAUGUAGAUUAUAGUAGUUAAAUUAUUAUACUGCAAUCAUAAUUUCCCUUGUAUCUUCAUAAUCUGGCAGAUUGGAAGUAUAUUUGAAUAAGAAAGGAUCUUACCAGUUCUUACGUAGUGAUUGAAUAAGGUUGAUUUACCUUUUGUCUUACUGGCAAAAUAAACUUUAUUGAACUACUACUUCAGCCUCCCAGUAUUCUUGAAGACGUAUGUAUGUACUGUGUGUGUGUGUGUGUGUGUGUGUGUGUGUGUGUGUGUGUGUGUGUGUGUGUGUGUGUGUGUGUGUGUGUGUGUGUGUGUGUGUGUACACGAGAUGGUGUGGAAAACUCCAGAACCUGGUAAAAUUAUGAUUGUAUUAUAAUGACGUAGAGAAGAGCACACCACCUUUACUGUAGGGGAGCAGGCGAGGUGGUGCACAUGGCUGAGUAGUGUGUUGUAUCAAGACACUCGCCAGUCUUGCUCAGUGCUAGACCUCGUACCAUAGGAUUCAACAUUGUAAAUAAGGAGAUUCAUCUCAGGUCUCAGGUCACCAUCACUCAUCAUUGAGUCAUCUCUCAUAACUUCAUGUUAGGAGCAAGUAGAAUCUUCAGGAAUUUCACUUUUGAGGAAUAUGAGAUAUGAAUUUGACAUUGAUGUUGAACAUAAUACUGAUUUGUCUUCACAAUGCAUAUGCCAUUAUUAAACCAUGAAAAAUAUUUCAAUGUUAACUAUUUUUCCUUUUCCUGCCUUUGAUACUGUUAAUAAUGACUAUACAGUGCAUCAUUACAGGGAUAUUAUGUUAUGUAAUUACCAUUUCAGAUCAUAUUUGAGCUGUUACUAAGUUAAGCAAUAGUUUUUCAUCGAAAAUUAUUAUAUUAUACAUUACUGGCACACGAGGAGAUAAAAAAGGGACUUUUAGAGAUUGUGAACAGAAACAAUUAUUGAGCAGUGGGAAUUUAAUAAUUUCAGAGUAAUCUUGUCUAACUUUGAUUAAAGAGAAAAAAAGAGAAAAUUUGAUCUGUUUCAAAUAAAUAAUCCUGAACAGUUUUCAUACUUGUAGCAAUGAGAUUUCCUGUGCUUCGGUAAUUAUAUCUUUCCAUGAGGCUCACAAUUUUUUCUUUAUAAGGGAUGAACAUGAUAUGCUGAAAAAAAAAAAAAGUUUCUUUACAACAAUGAAAUCCUUUUGCAGAGAGGAACACAAGACCCACACAUAAAACAGAAGACUUUGGGGCAUGUAAAGAAUCUUAUUGUCACUGUAGUGUAUCACGGUGCUGUAACCUCUCUGUAAUUUGUGCUUUUAAGACUACUUAUUAUUCAAAAUUAGGGCUAGAAUUCAUGCUUACAUUUGGAGAAGUUUUAUUCACACACUGUAUAUGAGUUCCUGGUACUCAAAAGAAUGUAAUGGAUGGAUCCUAGCCCAAUGGUAAAAUUUUGCAAUUUCGUAUAAGAACUAAAAGAGAAAAAAAAACAAAAAAAACAUGGUUUAUAUAGUAUGUAAGGUACCUACCACGGACCACAUUUUGUACAACUUCUCGGCAAUAAUGCCUAAUGUCUGCUACUGUGCACCUUUUAGAUACCACACCUAACAAUCAAAUGGUAGUUACAGUAGAACAUAAAAACAUAAUAUCAGUGGUAAUGUCCUCUUAGAAUAUCUUAUGAAUUUCUUGUUAUCCGAUCAUUUCCUCAUAAUGAUUUCCAGUGUUCAUAUUUUAGGUCACUAUGUUACCUGUGCAGUAAAACAAGACACUAAUAUUACAAAACAAGACUUUUCAGCUCUUAGGAAAUGGGCCACAUAUGGACGUGCUCCAGAAAACUGUAAAACCUUACCUAUGCAUGUGAUAGAUAGCUACAUAUCGCCUAGUAUAUCUGUAGACGGGCUGAAACAGUGUUGGUGUAAGCUGGGUUACUCAUUGCUAGUGUUUCAGUGAAAAUAAGACAGUGCUGUAAACUGCAGUUUUAAGAAGGGCAGAAAUAUGACGGAUUCUGGAAACGGGAAACUGAAAAUACAUUGCAUGAACAAUAACAAUGCAGUAAGGAGUUUGCAAGAAAAUUGAUAACGAAAAGUUACACAGGGCUGUCUUCGCCUCGAGUGACCCUUUGCUUUUUAGCACAAUCAUAUUUCUGUGAUAACCCGUAGGAACCACUCAUGUGUGGCUUCUUCUGUCCCUCACUCACCCUGUUGUAGUUAUGUGGUGAGACUCCCACAUGUCGGUAUUCUUCCGUGUUAUUUCUUUCCAUGUCGAUGUCCUCUGUGUUGAAACUCUCCAGUGAAUCUCUCAGCUGUUCCUUCAUCCUUUGAAAAAAAAAAAAGCAAAAAAAACAAAACAAAAACGCAAAAAAAAGUAUCUGAUUCUUCCAUCAUCACUUCUGCCUCCUGCAAAAACUCAAUUACUCUCCAACUGGGAUUUUCCAAACAUGGAAACUCAAACAUCUGUGUAUUAUUUCUGAACCAUGGUCUCUACUAAUGGUAAUCAUGCAUUUCUUUGUUUCAUUGUUAAUGGUAACAUUGCAUUUGUGAUUGCCCUAUAUUUUCAACUUCUCUUUGUUCUCUUCUCUUUUCAAUAAUGGUCAUAUUAUAUAUUUGUUAUGUACAUAAUUUUUUCAAAAGUUAUAUAUUCAUAAGCUCACCUUGCCAAUAUCAUUUACAGCUGAUAUAUUGAUUUGUAAUGAAGAAAAAAAUAAGAUAAAAAUAAGAUUAAAUCAUCCAGAUAUUCCAAUACUACUACUUCUUCACAAGGUAAAUAGCCACUCUGCCUUACACAUCUCACAUAUAUAUACACAAAACACUUUUGCUGUUCUCUUCACCUCCCCACAUGCCCAAAUAUUGCUGUUCACCUCACCAAGCCUCCUCCCUGCCUUUUGACUGGUGACAAUGAGAAUGUCACUUCUAUAACCUUCCAUAUAGUGCUCUCAUAUGUUUAGGUAGCAAACUACAACUGUUUGUAAAAGUAAUAUUGUUAUAAUGAAAUGAAUCACAAUAAAAGUUAUGAUGUGUUCA